GACAUCCCCAUAAAGACACAAUAGGUCCGACAAGCUCAACACAAAACCACAUAGCCCAAAAAAAAUCUACUCCCAAAACUGCAUUUUGGGACCAAUUUAGAUGUUCGCGAGAAUCUGAAACUGGGAAAGCAAAAUUGACAAUGGCAACCAGGCAGCCCACUCCCCGCCAGUUGGCCUACCUUGACGAGCUGAAGAUGCGACUCCAGGAACUUCGCGAUCGCCAGGCGACCUUCAUGGAGCAGACAGCCAAGAUGCUCAGCCGGAUGAGCUCCUCCAGCAUGGAGGAUGCGGUGGACGCCCAGCCAAUGGCCACCGAUCCGCCGGAAGGAGGGGCAACUUCGAAGCCUUCGACGGACACCAAGGGAUCUAAGGGCAGUCUGAACAUCAAGCAGCUGAUCCAGCGCUUCGAGGAUCUGCGCAAGACCUCGCAGGACUUUGGCGACCUGCCCGAGGUUCCUGAGGAGCUAAUCAACGUAGAUGUGCGCCGUAUUCUAAAUGGCUAUGAAAAACUCAUCGAGGACGGUAAUGUUCUGCAGCAGUCCUGGUUCCUGCUCAAGAAGACCACCGAGAGCUGUGCCCGAUUCGCCAGCGCUAAUGGCAUGAAAUCGGAGGAACGUCUUCCAUUAAAGACAAACUCGGGCAUCGUUGAGGUCUCUCACUUGGUGCCAGAGCGCAGUCCCCAGGUGGUUAGGCUAUCUCGGGCUAAGGCUUCCUCUUCGCUGCACUCGAAUGUGGUGACCAGUUCAGAGAUGGUGGAUAAGAUGCCGAAAGAUGCCAAGUGGAAGAGCAAUGCCCAGGACUAUGGUCAUGCGCGCUGGGGAGCCUUUAUGCAGUUGAUCAUCCGACUCCUGCGUCCCUUCCAUGGCUGCAGCAAGAACAAGAAGAAUCCAGCCCCGAACUCAUCCGACGUUCCGAUUACCUGCCACCUGCCGGAGAAGAAGCACAGCCACUAGGCCUUUUCGAUAGCAGCCACUCACACACAUAUAAAAUGCACAAGUGAAGAUCCCGAACUAAGCCAAACCAAUCCCCACAUAAUCCCACUAAAAAUAAUCCAAUAAAACCCCGACCCACACCCCA